GUGAAGCCAGCCAAAGUCCAGCUCAGUGUAGAGUCAGUGACCUCGCGGGAUCCGCUUCUGAACGUCAGCUCGGUGAAUGAAAGUGUUUCUCCGCCGUCAGAGGAUCAGAGCCAUGAACUGUCUGAGAGCGCUGCGUCUGACAAACUCUGUCCAACUCAUCAGCAAAAACACAGAUGCUGCGAAGAAGGUUUUCACCAUCCAGCCGGCGUGCUGUCUGAGCCGGAAAUCAACAGCCGCGUCCCAGAGACGGCCGCCCACACACCUGGAUCAUUCCCAUCACAUGAACGUACAUUCAAAGCCUCCCAGCUCUGGGGUGGAGGGCAUGCUGUUCUACACCAUCACAGAGGGAAAAGAGCAAGUCCCCAUCUCAUACUUCACCUCAGCCCUGAAGAGAACAGGUCUUCAUCCGUCUGACCCUCGUCUGAAGGACUGCAUGGACAAGCUCCGACGGGCCGUGAGGGAAUCUGCAGGUGAGGUGAUGAUGGACAGAGAACUCUUCCACAGAUGUGCAGGUGGAAACAUUGUCCUGCUCAUCCAGGCCUUCAGGAAGAAAUUCAUCAUCCCUGAGUUUGAUGUGUUUGCACGAAAAAUAGAUGCAAUCUACAACAGAGUGGAAAACCAAAGUGAUGGAAAGGUUGCAGACUACAUCCCCCAGCUGGCCAAGUUCAACCCAGAGCUGUGGGGAGUGUCUCUGUGCACAGUGGAUGGUCAGAGACACUCAGUGGGUGACACCAAGCAACCGUUCUGCCUGCAGUCCUGCGUGAAGCCCCUGCAGUAUGCCAUUGCCGUCCAUGAGGCAGGGACAGAGAAGGUUCACCGUUACGUUGGCAUGGAGCCCAGUGGACUCAAGUUCAACAUGCUCUCCCUGGAUGACGAAGAUAAGCCCCAUAACCCGAUGGUGAACGCCGGGGCCAUAGUGAUCAGCUCUCUUAUCAAGCCUCGUGCAAACAAGGCCGAGAAGUUUGACUAUUUUAUGGAGUUUGUGAAAAAGAUGGCUGGCCAGGAAUACGUGGGAUUCAGCAAUGCCACAUUCCAGUCAGAAAAAGAAACAGGCGACAGAAAUUUUGCCAUUGGAUACUACAUGAAAGAGAAGAAGUGUUUUCCACCGGGAGCAGACAUGAUCGAUGCCUUAGACUUCUACUUCCAGCUCUGCUCCCUGGAGGUGACCUGUGAAUCUGGGAGCAUCAUAGCCGCCACUCUGGCCAAUGGAGGGAUCUGUCCGAUCACAGGCGAGCGCGUCCUGAGUGCCGAGGCGGUGCGAAACACUCUGAGUCUCAUGCACUCGUGUGGCAUGUACGACUUCUCUGGUCAGAUGGCUUUUCAUGUGGGCUUGCCUGCUAAAUCUGGCGUGUCUGGUGCGAUACUGCUGGUGAUCCCAAACGUCAUGGGAGUGAUGUGUUGGUCUCCUCCUCUGGACAGAGUUGGAAACAGUGUGCGGGGAAUUCACUUCUGUCAGGAGCUCGUUUCGCUUUUCAACUUCCACAAUUAUGACAACUUGAGGCACUUUGUGAAGAAGCAGGAUCCUCGCAGGCAGGAUGGAGAAGACCGGAACAAGUCCGUUUUCAACUUGAUGUUUGCUGCCUACAGUGGAGACGUGUCAGCCCUGAGAAGGUUUGCUCUGUCAUCCAUGGACAUGGAUCUGAAAGACUAUGAUUCUCGGACAGCACUGCAUAUUGCUGCAGCUGAGGGUCACAUAAACGUUGUGAAGUUUCUCACUGAGACCUGUAAAGUUGAUCCCUUUGUAGAAGACAGAUGGGGGAACCUGCCUGUCGAUGACGCCGUGCAGUUCGGACACGAGGAGGUGGUGAAGGUGCUGAAGGACUACCAGCAGGUCUACAGGCAGCAGGAGAAGCAGCAUACCGUCACCGAGCAUUCCCCGAAGCUGGACACCAUCGAGGGCAUGGUGUGACGUGUGAAAGUCCCCAGACUGUGAAACGUCAGGGCGUUUGUCCAAUCUGUGAAGUAUGAGAAUACACUUUUAAUAGAAAAAGAGAGAGAGGCAAACAGAAGCAGAGUGAACGACCUGUACUGAUCCACUCUGUCCUGUGGUUAGUUCACUUAAUAUAUGAAGUAACUGUGCAAACAGCAGCUGCUGCAAAUACAAUAUAAAGUAUGUCAAAAAUAUGCAAGAAGAAAAUAGAAAUAGAAAGAGCUCAAAUUUGAUCAGAGUUCUACGUGAUCCCAGUAAACUUGAUUUGGGGUUCACUGAAAUAUAUUCUGUUCUUCAGCUCUAAAUAGGUGGAUGGAUGUAAUGUUUAUACAUGUUUUAACUCUGCACAAACAUGAACUUCCCACAGGUAAUUUAUUAUUAUGUGGAGUAUUUGACACUGACAUCCAUUAAACAUGUUUUAUUAAAUUGUAUUUUAUCUGCCACCCAUA